UCAGCACAACCUGUUUGUUGAUCGCUUAUUAACACCCCGAGUUUAUUAUAAGCCGGGUUGAUUUCUCAGGGGGGUUUAACUUUCCAUCGCUCGGAAGAGCUCGCAGGAUAUCAGACAGCAGACACAACGACAUAACGAGUCUGUCAGCGGCUUUUAUCCGGCGGAGUUCAAGUGAGAGAGGCUUUUCAGAUGUAGCUUGUUAGCUAGCUGCGUCGCGUACAGUGUAUACACAGCCUUUUUGUUCUGCUCUUCAACUGCCUCUGCAUGACAAAUUAGCACCAGUGUUCAGUACAGGCAAGGCGCUAAAACACAGCGGUUGUUUUGUGGAAAAACGCGUCAAGAAUAAUUUCUGGUUGUCAACCUCAGCCCCGGGGCUAACCCCCGGUCGCCGACCGAAUUAAUGGCCGGAAAUCCGAGGAGGGGCGCCGGUCUCAUCGGCUUGAUGAAGGACGCCUUUCAACCCCACCAGCAGCCGCUCCAGCCUCACCAACCUGCAGUGGUCGAUAAGAAAAUGGUGGAGAAAUGCUGGAAACUCAUGGAUAAGGUGGUGCGUUUGUGCCAGAACCCCAAGGUAGCAUUAAAAAACAGCCCGCCCUACAUCCUCGACCUGCUGCCCGAUACCUACCAGCACCUACGCACCAUCCUGUCUCGAUACGAGGGCAAAAUGGAGAUCCUCGGGGAGAACGAGUAUUUCCGCGUUGUCAUGGAGAACUUGACCAACAAGACGAAGCAGACCAUGACUCUUUUUAAGGAGGCCAAGGAGAGGAUGUAUGAGGAGAACUCUCAGCCCAGGCGAAACCUCACCAAGCUGUCUCUGAUCUUCAGUCACAUGCUUGCAGAGCUAAAAGCCAUCUUCCCCAAUGGCUUAUUUCAGGGCGACAACUUCAGGAUCACCAAAGCUGAUGCUGCAGAAUUUUGGAGAAGGUCUUUUGGGGACAAGACCAUCGUGCCCUGGAGAACAUUUCGACAGGCUCUCCAUGAGUUUCACCCCAUCAGCUCGGGUUUGGAGGCCAUGGCUCUCAAGUCCACCAUCGACCUCACCUGCAACGACUACAUCUCUGUGUUUGAGUUCGACAUCUUCACCAGGCUCUUCCAGCCGUGGUCGUCUCUUUUAAGGAACUGGAACAGUUUAGCAGUAACGCAUCCGGGUUAUAUGGCCUUCCUAACCUACGACGAGGUCAAGGCUCGACUGCACCGGUUCAUCCACAAACCUGGCAGCUACAUCUUCAGGUUGAGCUGCACUCGGCUGGGCCAGUGGGCGAUCGGCUACGUGACAGCUGAUGGGAACAUCCUGCAGACCAUCCCCCAUAACAAGCCUCUCUUCCAAGCCCUCAUUGAUGGAUACAGAGAGGGAUUCUAUCUGUUCCCAGACGGUCGUGCACAGAACCCAGACCUCACAGGGCUUUGUGAACCCUCGCCACAGGACCACAUCAAAGUCACUCAGGAGCAGUACGAGCUGUACUGUGAGAUGGGCUCCACCUUCCAACUCUGCAAGAUCUGUGCAGAAAAUGACAAGGACGUGAAGAUCGAGCCCUGCAGACACCUGAUGUGUACCUCAUGUCUGACAGCCUGGCAGGAGUCGGAGGGUCAAGGCUGCCCGUUUUGUCGCUGUGAGAUUAAAGGCACAGAGCCUAUCGUGGUGGACCCGUUCCACCCGAAGGCCAGCGGGGCUUCCUUCGCUGGUUUCCAGGGGUCCAGCAGAGCAGAAGCUACCGGGAAUGAUGAUGAGGAGGACGAUCGUUUGGAGGACCAGCACCUUGUCAUGAGCAGGCUGGCCUGCAGCAAGGUAGAGCGACCAGCAUCUCCGGUUUCUCAGCUGCCUCCGGUGCCCCCCCGAUUGGACCUCCUACAGCAGAGACCCUCAAGCUCACACAGCAUACAGAGUCAGGGAGCCACGCCCAAGAUAUCAGCCACUCACAGAGACAAGCCUCUACCUCUGCCUCCAGCCCUGAGAGAGCUCCCGCCUCCUCCCCCUCCAGAGCGUCCCUCCCUCAUUGGCCAGGACACUAGACUCCAGAGGAGACCCCUGCCCUCCACCCCCGACCAGCCCGCCUGGGCCUCCAACUACAUGGUACCCCGCCCGGUAUCCAAGGCUGCUCUGUCAUCCCUGUCCCCCAUCCCUCAGAGCAACGGGACCAGCGGAGAGGGAAUCAAACCCCAGGCAGCUACGAACGCGGUCUACUGCCUGGCUGCAAGGUCUCUACCAGCAUCAGCGAUGUCGAGUGCAGAGAGGCUGACGUCUGACUGUGAGGAGAACGAGUACAUGAGUCCCACCUCCCUCCCCGCCUCAGGUGCUCCCUGGGUCAUCACUGGAUCCUUGGUGCCCCCUCCACCGGUGCAGGCAAACCACCACAAUGACACAAGCACUGAGGUGGUGGACAGUGACUCUGAGGACCCCCAAGUCUACGAGUCCAUGUGUAAUAUUCAGGCCCAGGCGGGUUCCUCAGAAACGCAACAGUCCCCUGAAAUAGACCCCCCUCAGCAUGCAGCUGUCGUUUCCCAGGACAAACAGGAGGAGAGCAGUGAGGAAGAUGUUUAUGAGUACGACUUUCCACGACCUGUCGUCCCUCCCGCCCCCACCAGGAGAGCCAUGUCAGAGAUCAGCGGCCCCUCUGCUGCCUUCAGCACUCUCAGCCUGGACGGCCCAGUAGAAGCCAGUAUGUUUGCAGCAACUGUGGACCCUGAACGCCCCCCUAAACCACUCCCACGGCGAGCCAACUCUGACCGACGACCUCGGCCUGCAAACCGUGAUUUCUCCUCUCCCUUACCAGACCUCCCUGGUCCCUCUUCAUCUGCCACUGCCUCCCCUACUCCUCCCCCUCCUCCUCCUCCCUCCUCUGGAAGCCUGGCUCUAAACGGGGAGAUCGAGUGCCUGAUGUCCCAGGGCUACUCCAUCCAGGACAUCCAGAAAGCCCUGAUGAUCGCCCAGAAUAACCUGGAGACGGCCAAGAACAUCCUGCGCGAGUUUGUCUCCAUUCCUUCCACGGCGCACAUUGCCACAUAGUCGCUCCAGGCCCCCACCCCACCCUCUCUGUAUGUGUCUGUCUCCACUCUGUGCCAUUAUUACGGUUAAGCAUUUACCAAGCACUUUCCUGCAGGGCCACAAGGCAAAAUGCUGCGUUCAAGUCUUAUCCGAAGAUGCAGACAAAUGAGAUUACAUAGAGAUCCUCUGCUAGUCCUGGUAUUUGAAGUACAGGCAUCAAAAGUCAUUUCUAACUGAUGAUAAAUGAAGUGCAGCAUGUAUUCCUUUUUGUUUUUGUAAAAAUGUAUUAUUUUGAUCAUCAUGAUACUGUUAAUGUUAAUGCCAAGUGGUUGGAAAUGCCACCAAAUGUCUUGUUUACUCGUAAUCAUCACUUGAAGAUCUGGGUUUUUUUACCCCGAAAGAGUGUGAGCCCUACUGGAAACACAUUUUUAUGUGGUCCAUAGAGGUAUAGAUGUCUGAUAUGACCUGAACGCAGCAUAGAUGAAGAGUGAAAGCCUUGUAAUGUGAGCCCUCUGUAGCCGAGCUAUGACCCUGUCGUACUCUGCUGAGGUCCUCUUGUGCUGUGGCGGUGUUUCUCCUCAGUCUCAGUACGAUCGUUUUCUCUCAUUAAGCUAUAUGUUAAAGCUACAGUGACUUUGCUCAGCGGAGGGAUCAUCCUUUUAAUUUUUUAAAACUCGUCCCGCUGCUGGCAGCCAUUCAGUUUGGUGCUUUACGGGCUUCUUGGCAAAAUGUGGCGUACGAAAAAUAUGUAGCGAAACGGAACUUAGUGAUUAACUCAGUGGCGUGCGUGUGCUCAUGCUGAUGAAUGUGAAUGUUCAGUCACGGUGCAGUAUCGCAGGGCUUCAUGUCGUACACGUCACUGUGGCUCGCUCUGUUUUUGAUGAUAUUUGACAAGUCGGAUGUGACUCCGUAUUUCUGAUUCGAUGAUGAAAUAAGUUUAAUGUUUAAGUACUCUCAUGAGGUGUCGUGCUGUGUCUAGUACUAACAAACGGCUCAGUUUUCAGGAGUUUAUUUGUCGUUUAGUUUCAUGGUUGCUUGCCGUCAUUGUUGAUGGUCUGACUCUGAAGGCUGGUUUAUUUACACAAAAGUUUCCUCUAGUUUCUGACUAAAAAACAAAUAGACUCUGAAACACAUGGAUUUCUUCCUAUAUCAAAUUUGUACCCAGAACAGAUUCAGAGAGAAGUCACAUCAGAGCAAAAACCUGAGGGUGGAUCUGGAUUAAUAGUUGAAUGUAAUGAGUAGUAUAAUAAAUGCCAAAUCGUGAUUUCUUAGUACAAAAAAAAUCAGUAGAACUGGAUUGACAUUCACCAUCCAGUUUUAUUCUUUAAAGAGUAACUAAACCCAGAGAUUUAACUGAGAUGCAUCUACCCUGAUUUCCAAAAAAUGCCUGUUCAUCAUCAUGAACUUAGCUGGAAGAGAGGGGGAUUAGACGCACCCAUCUCCUCCUUCCUACUGUUCCCAAUCAGCCACAACAUCCUUCAGUCCAUGCUUCUUUUCAGAUUUAAAGACACAAUGUCAUAACCAUUCGCAAAUGUAGUGUGAAAUGAUGAAAUAUGAUCAUGUAGAAGACUUGGAUUUUAGAAAAAUGUUGUUUAUUCACUAUCUAGAGCAACAGCACUGCAUUACCCACAAUCCCAAAGUGUCACAGCAACAUCCCUGAUAAGCUGAGCCUGCCUUUACCGAUGUAACGUUAGUGUUCAGCUGCUACUAGUGAAUUCAACAGUCAUUUUUCAACAGAAGAGAGGGGAAAUGAUGGUAUAUGAUCAUUUAGAUGGCACAAGUUAAGGACUUUGCACACUGAAUUUCUUAUGAAUAGGUGUUAUUCAGAUCCGUGAUCCCAUAAAAAAAAUUAUCAUGGGCUCAAACAUUGCACGCCAGCCCAGUCCAGUGCUUUUUUUUGUAGUCAUGGCAAAAAUUCACGAUCUUGCAUUGUGAAGAACAAAAGUUAAAAUGAUUCUGUGGCUCUUUGACUCCUUGAAAAAGAAAAAGCACUGGGACUAUCCACUCCUUACAGAGAUUAAUUGCAUGAGCCUGUGCGUCACAGUGCUGUGCCAAGUUGGAGAGAGAAGGUUUUUUUUCCAAUUCAGCCCCUUUAUUAUGUGUGUAAGAGCACAAAUUUGGGCUUUUAUCUAUCAUAUUCAAUGGUUAAAAUCCAUGCAGUAUGUCAGCAAAGCAAAUUGGGAAAAGUGAGGUUUCAGUGCAAGAGUCCACCUCAUGAUAGCAAACGCAGAGGAUAAUUAAAAAAAUAGUUUCCUUUUCAAAGUGCAAUAGUUGCACUAUUGUAAACUUAAAGGAAUUUCUGCAGACAUUUUUGUUAUCCUUUUAAGUACACAAUACAAAACUAAGUGAAGCCUUUUGUAGGGUUAUGCAGUUGCACAGGCUAACAUUACAAUUGCAGUUAUUUUAAUUGUGCAAAAGUAAUAUGGACCCUAACUGAUCAAUAGCACUACAGAAUAUCCUGGUAGAUUUCAUUUGAAAUAAAAGCUGUAUGAGGGUUCAGUUACUCUUUAAAGUCAAAUUUGCCCCUUUCCAGAAAUCUGUUCUCUUUCUCUUUUUACGAACUAUUACGAUGUCAAGUCUAGUAAUCAUAAUCCACUAUCACACCACAAAUAUCACAGACUGGAUGCAGACUUUUGCAUCUCUGCUGUUCAGUUUUUUAAAUGUAAUUGUGCUUGAAUGAAAACACAAAAUCCCUGGCUGGUGUACGCCCUUUUAAAGAGUAAGAUACUACGGUAUCUGCAGCUUUUUGAAGCUGUUUAUUUAUUGGCCGGGUCCAUAGACGGUGUUUUUGCGCUGAUGCUGGGUUCUAAACCCUUAAAGUCAUUUUUAAAACAAAAUAUGUCAAAACUCAUGAUUUGAUUAGACAGCAGCAACCAGUUACUUUGGUUUCAGGACAUUUUAACCAGGAGUUUUACUGAUUGCCAUAAUGAAUCGAUGAGCAGAAUAAAUGGUAAUGGAAAUAUCAGUUAGUUGCAGCCCUAGAUGAUACCUAAAUAUUUUGUUUUCAUCCAUUACACCUGCGUAACAUCAUAUUUUGGCUGUGCCGACACUGCAGCUCCAGGAAGUUGCUCUUUUCCUUUGGAAUAAACAUGACCUGAAAACUGUUUAUGGUUCAGUAAAACAUGCUUUAAUAUCAACUGAAUUGAUCAGCACAAAUUUUAGUGCAUUUCUUGCAUGGAAAGCCAAGCACAGCAUCAUGAGCACGCUCAGAGCAAAGAUGAAAAGAUGUGAGUCAUGAGCAGAGCAGGGGGUCUGAUCAGAGUCCAGGACUAUAGGAGCAGAAUGCAGAUUUAAUGUGUGAGAAGCACCAUAUGCUGUCAGAGGGCUGUUCAUUUAGAACAUAUAAAGAAUGACUGAAGCAAGACAAGUCUCAGUCAUUUCCUCUUUUAUGUUCCUCUUGCACUCCUGGGUUCAGUUUCUCCGUUGUCUUUACAAAAAUUGGUCCUAAAUCGUUGUUUGUUUUUUUGGUCCUGCUGUAACAUGUCAAUGUGCCUUCUGUCAAACCUGACCUGCACACGAUAGAGACGAACCAAAGCCAAAGGAAAUCCACAGUUUCUGGUUUUAAUUUGAGCCCUUUUCCUCUAGUCUAAGUUGUUAGGUUGUUUGAUAUGCAGGAAACACUGCAGGAGACUUGAAGAUGGCUAGUACUGUAGGAGAAGAGCUAAUUAAUAAUGCACACACCCUACUGAUCUGUAAAAUUCAUUCUUGAGGGUUGAACCACUGCAGAUUUGUUUUUAAAGCCUAUAAAUUUGGACUGUGUUGGACAAAUGCAGAAGUGGUGAAAUGCUUUAAUGUUGACGGCACGCUGCAUUCACCUAAGGCAAAAAUCAUCAACAUUAUGAAUUAAUUCUUACAGUUCAGUGUCACACUUUAAUGCUCUGGUAAGCUGUAUUUUAACAGCAGAGUUUCCCCGAUUUAAAGAAAAGUGACAGUGUUCUAAUGUCGGUGUCGACAUUUUCUGCUCUGCAUUUUCUUGUUCUUAUUGGCCAACUUGUACGUCGAUGAUCCUUGAGAUGGGUAGAGAUCUGACAUGUUUUGCCCUACCAGUGUAAAGUCUUGAGUAGUAUCGGUUUUAGAAAAGGAUCCAGGACUUGUUAAUACAUGAAAAGCUGUUAAAGUGCUGCAGAAUCCCCCUGUGCUGUAUGCAUUUACUACAUCUUUAAUUUCACAAAUAUAACAUGUGCUUUAAUUUAAAGUCCCAGUAAAGCAAUAUCAGACAUUUGUGUCCAGACACACCACAGAUGUGUUGGAAAAAGUUUCUGUAAACAUGAAAAGACUGAUUUUUUAUAAGCAGGGCAAAAUGUAGGAAUUUGUGAUGCAUGUAAGCCCCUAACAAAUGAUCCCAUCCUCCAAUGUACACCAACAUAAAAGAUGUGAGUUUUACCAACUGUCUGGCAUUUUCUAAGCCUUCAGUGUGAAUAAGGCGCUAUUUAAAUGUUGCAUUUUUGUUUCUUGUGGGCUGAAUUUGCCAAACAGACCAGUCACAGUGGCAGACGGGUUAUUUAAAGCAACAAAACAGUAAUUUGUGACAGAAAACAACAUAAUCUUAAUCCCAGACUUCUGCCUCUCCUGCUCUGACAGAGCAGGGCAGCUGCAACCUCACCACAAUGUACCGUCAUGCCAGGGUGCAGGCUAAUUGUUGGAGUGGGAUUCUUCAUGUCAGUUCAGCUGUGUACAGCAGGAAUUAACAUCUUUACCUGCUGAAUGGAUUUUAAAAUAAUAUCGCACUUGUCUUCAGUUCUAAUUGAUUAAUCUUUUGAAACCUGGGCUUUUGUUUUGAAUGCAUUUUAAGUUUCUCCCACUUAUUUGAGAUUAGUGGGUAUAAAACCUGAGCCUUGUCUUUGAACAGGAAGUAAUUUUCACCCAAAAAUGAUGUCUACAAAGUAAGACAGCAGGCUUAUAUUGCUGUAAAGCACACAAAAAAGUUAUCAUUUCUUUAAUUGCAUACAGAGUGGAACUUUUCCCUUCAGAUUAAUAAUUUCCAAAAUAUGAAAAAUCUCCCCAAAUUUGCCAGAAUUUGUAAGACAGUGCCAAAAUAUUUGUUUGAAAAUUCUUUAACAUUAAAAAAAAAAAACAUUAAAAAUGUAUAGUAAAAUAUUUCCAGAAUGUUUCAGUCAAACUUUUGCAAAAAGCCGUAAGAAUCAAAUCACAAUUUUCCAAAAGAAACUCCCUUAGAAUUACUCAAAUUUUUAAAGCAAAUUCUCAGAAUUUCAAAGCCAAUUUUACCUGUAGAAUUUAAAGAUAAAUUCUUCCCAAAUUCCAUGGAAAAAAUACAAAAACAUUUUCCCAAACAUCCAACCCAUUCUCUCAGAUUUCCAUGAAAAUUUGGGAAAAUGUCAAAGGAUGUUCCACCAAAAUAUUUCAAAUAAAAUUCCCAAAUAUUUACUAAUAAAUUUCCAUGAAAGUAUCUAAAGAUCUCAGAGUAAAUCUCUCCAAAACUCCAAAUAAGCAAACACUUCUCCCCCAAAAAAAUUUCGUGAAAAUACCAGAAAAAAUUAUAAGGCAAAUACUUAAGUCAUUUUGAGGAAAUUACUCAAACUUCUGUGGAAAUUCUAGACUUUUAUCUCAAAAAUUCUAAUAGAAUGUAUCGCUAUUCUGUAAGAAAGCCCAAAUUUAAGUACAUUUUGAAGCAGGUUGUGGCUUUGUCUCUCUCAAAUCAGUAGCCAUUUGUUCUUGCUCUCUCACUAUUAUUCGAUAGCCACACUCUUUCCAUCAAAGUUGGCCAAAAAAAGUCUCCAUGUCUCAUUUUCAUAGAAGACUUUUAUUUUGAAGAGCAGCAUCAGGAGGGUAUUCAGCAGCAACUUAACAACUCAGAAGGGAAUGAAAUGUGAGUUCACGUCAUUUAGAAAAGGAAAUAACAGGAAGCCUGAAGUUUUAAAAUGCAGGACAAGAUCAUGAAAGUCAGACUUUUAAGUAUGAAACAAUUAGCCUGUCAUGGCAUACAGCUGACCAACACCCUAGAGCAGAUAUAACAGCCUCAUUUUAAUGAUUAAAGGUGGGGGCUGCACACUGUUAGCCGGCUAAACUGAAGUUGAAUCUCUCAGUAGUCGGCACCAGGAUUAUGGGUCGGAUAGACUAAUUAUUAUUUUUUCCUCAUUUCAGGCCUACACUUCAAGUUGAAUGCUCUGUCUAACCCUUAAUGUAGCCGCCUGCCACUCGUAGCCCCUGUAGUUUUGAAAUAACAGCUGCUACCAUACUUCCAACCACUGGUGAUAGCACAGUUAGCAUUUCUUGAGAACAGUGCGGUUUAGCGCUAUUUUGAUGAUGUGAUGAUAUACAGCACAAUAAUGGACAUGAGCCUGCUAAAAGGAUUGUAGCUGGGGAUGAUAGCAUUGCUAACGUUAGCCACAUUCUACAAACCAACUUUUCAUUGUUGGUUUAGAGAAUGAAUUUACCUGGCUUCAGUCAGCUGAACGGGAUUCAUCCAAGUUUAAUCGGCGAAGAGAUUAUUUGCUAAGGGGCAUCUCUAAGUUUCAGGUGUUUGUCAUCAUUGGAAUUAUUCCUGUGGGUCCGUAACGUUGCCCUUUGUCCCACAACAAACCUAAAAUACAAACUAUUUUUUGCUUUACAGCGACUUUAAAUCCACCAUUUCUGAUUCAAUAACAUUAAAAAAUAGCACAGUGAAGACAAAGGCCUUUUGAUGUGAAUAACUUGGUUGUAAUUGAAAGAUAUUCAUAACUGAGUUGUAAGUUAUACACUCCCUUCAGGAAUCCUAACUUAUAUAAUAAUAGCACAUUAGCUUGUCUUUAUUUCUGCUUUAUGUUCUGCUAUCACUCCAUCUGAUCAGUACAGGAUUUAAUGAAUUGCUUGAUACUGGUUCAUUUGUCAGGCAGUGAUAAUGUUGAUUUAAUUCUAUAUUUAUAUUUUAUUUUUAAAUAUAUAUGAUAUACAUCUCCACUCUAGAGAAAGAGGUAUUGCCUUAUGAAAAAUGAGCAUGACAUUAGUUAAAGCUCUAAAUGAAGUCGGUGAAUCUGCUUUAGUUACACAGAAACCCCGCCACUUUAAUUUCCCUGAAAGAGUCGUCUCUCCAUCGACUUUGGAAACUCUGAGGAAACACUCGAGGCUCGCAGCCGUGUUGAAUCACUGCCAGAGGCUCGUCUGUCUAACACGUUCGCCCACACAUUCGCUCACUUAUAACUGAGUCACUGGGUAAACUCAGCUGGAGUUUUGGUCCAGAUCCACGGCUGAAUGAAGAGUGUGCUUUAACCAUUGUAACUCGCCUUUACAACAACUUGCCUACUAAACAGUUGUCUUCUUCAUUGCUUUUUGUUGCUUGUGUAAAUAUGAUUUUAUUUAUUGUCUUUUUAAUAUCCUCAUUAUUCGUUUUGUUGCCAUGUUUUCAUGCCUAAGCCAUUAAGAUUUUUAA